AUGGCAGAUGCCAUGGAUCCAGCAGCCGUUCCGGUGCCGCUGCUUGAUGAGGAGCGAAUCGAGUACAUCGAAGCUUCUCGCCAAGAAAUGGCGCUCAACUGCACCUUGACCGGCUUCCUCUUUGCCCUGCUCAUCGUCUUUGUCCUCUUCAGCACCACCAUCACCCGCAAGACUUUUCUCUUUUGGUGGCUCGUAGGAUGCGCCAUUGCGACCAUUAUCCAGGGCAUCCUGAUGGCUAUUGAAGCAAACGUCCUUUUCCUUGCCACUCAGUCGCAGGAGUCUUUGUCCCUUCAAAUCUCGACCAUGAUCCUCACCGAUUGGCUACCGCUGUUCAUCGACGCGAGUCUCAUCUUCAAAUUGCUUGCCUUCUACCCACGUUCGAGCGCCAGCAACAACAAGCGACUUGCCGUGGUGGCCUUUCCAGUCCUUGUCAAGAUCCCACGUCUCAUCUGCUUGAUGUACGUCGUCAUCACGUACUUCGCGAAACCCUCCAUCUUCAAGUCUUAUCUACUAGUCGUCGAGUGGAGUCUGCAGCUCGCAGACAUCACCUACUGCUGCGCUUUCCUAAUCUGGAAGCUGUCCAACCUUCGAGCUGCCUUCCACCGUCAGCAUCCAAAUUCGACAAACACAGCCGGUCUUCGCAACACUUCUCGCGUCAGGUCUCAGUUGCAAUUCCUGAUCGAGUCGAUCUGCUGCGCUUUCAUGCUGCCAUGCCUCACCUGCGCUCUUCAGAUUGGUCUGUACUACACGCAUCCAGAAAGUUUCGGACCGAUCGUCAAUUGUCACGUCUACCUCUCGUGCAUCGGUGCGCUGCUCGCCACCGUCUGGUCCUCGAUUCGCGAUCAGACGAGUCGUCGCACGCUCUUUCUCAACGGAUCGAGCAACGCUUCUUCGGAAAAGGGCAGCGGAGGAGACCCUUUACGUUCGCCAGGUUACAGACGUCAAGCAGAAUCGCCAAGCAGAAGCGAGACGACCAGAACGUUGUUGGAUCAAAUCUUUUCCGAUCCCAUGCACGACAUUGAGACGCAGCAGACGGAACCCAUGGAAAUGCUCAUGACCAACCCGUCCGUCAAUGAAGAGGCCGCCAGCUCAACCAUGAAGCUUAGAAACGUUAGAAGGAACAGCGCUACGCCCAAUGGCGCACCCACUCAGCUCCGCAAGGUCGAGCCCUACGAAUCAUCAAAGACGCUCGCGGGAACGUCGAGAUCCAAUUCGGUCGAGCGCAGCUCUGACGAGUAG